GUAAGUAGUUAGAACAUCCAUCCCUUCUCUCAGACUGCUAUAUAUAGAGUGCUACAAGGGAUGUUCUUAAACCAUCAACCAAAACUUAAUUACUUAUCAGUUACCUUCACAAUAUAGCAAAAUCCUCUGUAAAAUCAGAAGUCAUAAUGAAGAACUUACCCACAGGUGUUCCUAUGAGUUCAGCAGUAUGCUCAAUUGAAAGGCAGCCAAAAGGACUAGUGGCCCUAUCUACUUGCCAAGACCAUAUUCCAUCUGCAACAUCAAAGAUCUCAUCCAAAUUAAAACAAAGAAAAUCUGUGAUUGGUAAGAUGAACAGACUUGGAGAAAGGAUGGAUUGCCUUGCACAAGGCAUCCGUGAGCAUGUGAGCCUAAGCCCAAAGCUGACGGAAACGGUGAAAGGAAAAUUGAGCCUUGGAGCGAAAAUUCUUCAAGUAGGAGGAUUGGAGAGAGUAUUUAAGCAGAAGUUUAGUGUUAAAGAUGAUGAAAAGCUAUUGAAGGUCUCUCAGUGCUAUUUAUCAACUACAGCCGGUCCAAUAGCAGGCCUUCUCUUCAUCUCUACAAAUAAGAUUGCUUUCUGCAGUGAAAGAUCAUUAAAGCUCUUAUCUCCAACCGGAAAGUUGCUUAGAGUCCGUUAUAAGGUAUCAAUCCCAAUAAGUAAGAUAAACAAAGCAAAAGAGAGUGAAAAUAGGGAAAAGCCGUCACAGAAGUAUAUACAAGUAAUCACAGAGGAUAAUUUUGAGUUCUGGUUUAUGGGAUUCCUUAAUCAUCAAAAGACACUAAGAUAUCUACAGCACGCAAUUUCAAAUCCUUCAAGCAAGCUAAGAAGAUGACCUUUUUUUCUUCUUCUUUUUCAUUUUGUUUCCUACUACGCCCAUUCAUCAAUGUAAAAUGUUGAUGCAAAAAUGAAUUUACAGAUAUGAUCAAACUUGUAACUAGCUCCAUUGCUCAAAGGAUUUUAGGGUUUUUAGGCUUUGAGCCUUAGCUGUUAAUACGAAUGUGUAUACUUAUUGUAAAACUAAUGCAAACAGAAGGCUAAUUCA